AUGCCUUCAAAAUCUGAAAAACAUUGCGAAGAUCAUUUUCAAAAUCCAAAAAUUUACACUCCAUACCGAAAUAGAUUAUCUCCACUAUUCAGAUGGCGUGGUUCAGUUAUUCCAAAAAUUUUACCUCAAACUAUCUUCAUUACAACCCUAUCAGCUGCCGUUACUGCUCUCUAUCAAUAUACGGAUAUUAAACUUUCAAUUAAUCCAACUUUUAUUUCAAUUAUUGGUUUCAUUGUUUCUCUAUUACUUGGUUAUCGAACGAAUACCGCUUAUGAUAGAUAUUGGGAAGGUCGUCGACUAUGGUCAACUAUGGUAGUAUCAAUUCGAAACUUAGCACGUUGUAUCUGGGUAAAUGUCAAAGAAACUGAACCCAAACAUUUACUUGAGAAAAAAACUGCUAUAAAUCUUUUAUUAGGGUUUGCAAUAUCAGUUAAACAUUAUCUUCGUGAAGAAGAUGGAGUUGAUCAUCCUGAUUUAAAACCAUAUAUUACAAAUAUAAAAUCAAGUCUUCCAGCAUUUCAACCACUUGAUAAAAGUAUUUAUAAAAAGAAACCUUCGGGUUUUAAAAAAUGGUUUUCUAGUUCUACUAGUACAAGUGAAUUAGGUGGUGAUUCUAAAAAUAUUGUUAAUCAUAAUUUACCACUUGAAAUCUCUUUUUAUUUAUCUUCGUAUAUUAGGCAACAAAAAAUUAAUAAUUCUACUGAUGAUGCAACUAUAGGUAUCAUUCUUCCAUUUCAAUUGGUUUCUGAUAAUGGUUGGAUCACUGUGCUUAUAACAUUUUUUGGUACUUUAACUUUAUUGGGUGUUGAAGCGAUAGCAAGUGAAAUUGAAAAUCCUUUUGGUAAAGAUGAAAAUGAUUUAGAUCUUGAUGAUUUUUGUGGAAUUCUUAAAUUAGAGCUUGCAAAUAUGGUGGCUCAUAAAGCUCCUUCUAUGAAUGAUUGGGUUUAUUCUUCGGAAAAUCACCCAUUUGAAACUGAUAACAUUACUGCUACCGAAGCAAAACAUUUAAAUAUAGAUGAGGUUAGAA